UAUAACUACACCUCUCUCACUCGAAAGAUAAUUCAUUCUCUGAUCUGAACUGGAGAGGAAAGACCCAAGACAUAGGCCUACCAAUACACGCCACUGGAAUGAAUAGUUUGAUAUUAUUUAUUCUUUUGCACCUGGGGUUCAUGGUUUGCCAAGGAGCCAACCCCUGUUGCUCUCAGCCAUGUCAGAAUCGCGGUGUCUGUACUGAAAUGAGCUCCGACUCGUAUGAAUGUGACUGUACACGCACUGGAUUUUACGGUCAAAACUGCACAACACCCGAGUUUCUCACAUUAGUUAAAGUUUAUCUGAAGCCUUCUCCCAACACGGUGCAUUACAUUCUCACACACUUCAAAAGCUUGUGGAAUAUUGUCAACAAAGUGUCGUUUUUGAGAAAUGGCAUAAUGCGAUACGUGCUAACAUCACGUGCCCAUUUGAUUGACAGCCCCCCUACAUUCAAUGCUGACUAUGGUUACAAAAGCUGGGAAGCCUAUUCCAAUCUCUCCUACUACACUCGUACACUGCCUCCUGUCGCCAAUGAUUGCCCAACACCAAUGGGAGUCGCAGGCAAGAAAGAGCUGCCAGAUGUGAAGCUGCUGGCUGAGAAACUGCUUCUCAGGAGGAAGUUCAUCCCAGACCCUCAACGCACCAGUCUUAUGUUCGCUUUCUUUGCCCAACAUUUUACUCAUCAGUUUUUCAAAACUGACAUGAAGAAAGGUCCAGCUUUCACAAGAGCCCUGAAUCAUGGGGUUGACUUGGGUCACAUAUAUGGACAGGAGCUUGAACGCCAACACAAGCUGAGACUUUUCAAGGACGGAAAACUGAGAUAUAAGAUUCUGGAUGGUGAGGUUUAUCCUCCGACAGUCAGUGAGGUUCAAGUAGACAUGCACUACCCUCCUCAUAUACCUGAGUCCCGACGUUUUGCCGUGGGUCACGAGGCCUUUGGACUGGUUCCUGGACUCAUGAUGUAUGCCACCAUCUGGCUACGUGAACACAACCGAGUGUGUGAUAUACUAAAGCAGGAGCAUCCUGACUGGGAUGACGAGAGGCUGUUUCAGACCGCACGGCUCAUCCUUAUUGGUGAGACGAUCAAAAUUGUGAUUGAAGAUUAUGUCCAGCACCUUAGUGGAUACAAUUUUAAGCUCAAGUUUGAUCCUGAACUUCUCUUCAACGAGCGUUUCCAGUACCAGAACAGGAUCUCCUCUGAGUUCAACACCCUUUACCACUGGCACCCCCUUAUGCCUGAUGAAUUUCACAUCCAGGAUGAAGUCUACAAUUACAAGCAGUUUCUCUUUAACACAUCUAUACUGACAGACCAUGGCGUCAACAGCUUGGUUGAGUCCUUCACCAAUCAGAUAGCUGGAAGGGUGGCUGGAGGGCGUAAUGUUCCACCGGCUGUAUUAAAGGUGGCCAUAAAGUCAAUUGAAGACAGCAGGCAAAUGCGCUACCAAUCUAUCAAUGCCUACAGGAAACGUUUCAACAUGAAGCCAUUCAAAUCCUUUGAAGACAUGACAGGAGAAAAGGAAAUGGCUGCUGAACUUGAAGAGAUGUACGGAGACGUGGAUGCUGUGGAGCUUUAUACUGGUCUACUGGUUGAGAAACCCAGGCUCAAUGCCAUCUUUGGGGAGACCAUGGUGGAGAUGGGUGCCCCCUACUCCCUCAAAGGACUUAUGGGAAAUCCCAUUUGUUCCCCUGAGUACUGGAAACCAAGCACAUUUGGUGGCAAAGUGGGCUUUGAGAUUAUAAACACUGCCUCUCUGCAGAAUUUGGUUUGCAAUAAUGUCAAAGGGUCCUGCCCUAUGGCGUCCUUCUAUGUGCCUAAUGUAAAAGAUUCGGUACCAACCACUAUUAAUGCAAGUACUUCCCACUCAGAUCAAAACGUAAACCCAACAGUUUUACUAAAAGAACGGACGUCUGAGCUCUGACAGAUGUAUUCUGUAAGAAAAUGUAUUAAUUAUUUAUUUAUUUAUUUAUAGGAUAUU